AUGACUGAAUCCGAAGAUGGCCACCACAUCGAAAUUGUCCCCGAUGAUAGCGCAUGGGCAGGAGUAGAGGAAAACGCCGAAGAUCCUGAAGAAGUUCGCGUUAUAUUCAGCGCAUUGGAUUCAUUCUUCCAAUAUGCCAAAGUCUCACACUUCAACGUCACACAUCUGCGCCGUCAAGCCUUCUACGCUUUGCCUCAAGCACAAUGGCAGCUCUUAGCUGCACCUCCGUUCAACUUUCUUGAUACACUUGAGAAGACUGACGAUGCCAUUGACCAGAAUGCUGAGCUGGCUCAUACCAUUGCUCACAUUGGACUCCAACAAUUUCGCAUGAUGACUGAUGACCCUGAAGGCCAAGAACCCAAGAUGCCCCGAGAAUGGGCUGGGGUAGCUAAGCACUCUGAUGUCGACAAGGCCAGGAGUACAAUCCGACAAUUCUACCGGGACUGGACUGCAGCGGGGACUGCUGAGAGGGAGGCUUGUUAUGGACCCAUCAUGAAAGCCCUUGCGGGUGAGAAGGAGAGAUAUCCUGACAGAUCUCCUCUAAACGUAUUGGUUCCGGGUGCUGGUCUAGGGAGACUGGUGUUUGACCUAGUUGCGAAUGGGUACAAUGCUGAAGGCAACGAAAUCUCUUACCACCAACUUCUCGCCUCGUCGUACAUCCUCAACUACUGUCCCGCAGCAGAGCAGCAUACCAUUUACCCCUGGGUUCACAGCUUCUCCAACCAUCUCACGCGAGCAAACCAUCUUCGAGGCUACGCCGUCCCGGACAUUCACCCAGCUACCGUUCUAGCGGAAACACCCAACAUCGGAGAGAUGUCCAUGUGUGCUGCUGAUUUCCUCUGCCUUUACGCCGACGAAGAUCACGAGGCGCAGUACGACGCUGUGGCAAGUGUCUUCUUCCUCGACACAGCGCCCAAUUUAAUCCGGUAUCUCGAAGUGAUACGACAUUGCCUUCGACCUGGAGGCGUUCUCAUCAAUAUUGGACCGUUGCUGUGGCAUUUCGAGAAUAAUGCUCCCGGAACCCACGGCCAGGAUGGCGAUGCGGAACAUGACCCUAAGAACUCAUCAGGCAUCGCAGAUCCAGGAAGCUUCGAGUUGGCAGAUGAUGAGGUUAUUGCGCUUUUGGAGAAGAUGGGCUUUGUCGUUGAGUGGCAUAAGACUGGCGUUCAUGCGCCGUAUAUCCACGAUCCUGAAAGUCUUUUACAGUCAACAUAUAGAGCGAGCACUUGGCUUGCUCGAAAGCCUUUCAAUACGAGCGGCUCAUAA